UAACAAAAUCGUGCUCAUGGAAUUACCAUUUUAACUUUCGUAAGCUGACGUUGCAUGACGGACCAUUCAUUACAGAAUACGGGGCGGUGGCGUUUAAGUGUCAUUGGCGAAAAGACUGGUCGAAUAUUUGGAGCUAGAAAUUCAAAUGAAAAAUAAAAUUUUGAUUUUGACGUGUGUAUAACUGGAUAAGCGUCUUUUGAAUAAUAGAAAAUUACGAUUUUGGAAGAUCGGUAUCCGCACACGCACCAGCCAUGAAGUUCAUAUACCUCACCAUUAUAUUUAGUGUUUCUACAGCAACUGUCUCGACGCAAGAUCCUCCGCCUGCUAUCGACCUUCCACCUCCUCCGCCAUUUGACUUAUCACCAGAGGCAGACAUACCUGCUGAUCCGCCUGCAAGUAUAGAAAGCAAUACAUCAACAGUUUCUAGGAAUAAUGACUCAACAGCAACAAAUGAAACCGUAAAUGACGCACCAGUCUUAGAUACAAUCGAAUCUGCGCCAAUUAAUGUGUCUAGUUCCGGAUCAAACGGUUCUGUCAUAGUAUUACCUGAACCAUCUACACCUAGUGAUAAGUUUGAUAUAAGUGGAGCAAAUGAAACAAUUGUUGCAAAUGUGACUGACGGUAUUACAGAUAAUAAUGUUUCUGAUACCUCCACGAGCAUAUCUAGUGUUAAAUCGGUUGCUAAUGAUACAGAAAUAGUUAAUAUGACAGAUAUAGCUGCUACGGAUCAAGCUAUAUCAGAUAUUCUAGCUGCUGCGGCUGGAAAUGAUACUGUAUCAAAUAACACAAAUGUAGUAACCGAUAAUAAGUAUGAUAAUUUGACUUCAAAUGAAAGUUUGGAUAAUAUUACUGCUAUUGAAACUCAAAACGUAUCUGCAAGUGAACCUCCAUUAACUCCAGCAGACACUCCGGCAGAUAGAUCCUUAACCUUAUCUUUAGAUGAGUUUAUUGUUCCAUUAUCAGAUCCAUUAUCAGACCCAUUAUCAGAAACAGCACCUGUUGAUUUACCACCACCACCUAUUGCAUUUGAUCCUGGACUAGAAUCUGAGUUCGCAGUUAGUGACAUUGGAACAAAUGUCAGUGACAUUUCUUCUCUGCCGGACUUUAACAUAACUUCACCUACAGAUACAAACGAUACCAUCGCGAUAAACAAAACAUACAUUGACCCUGUAGAUAUCCAUAUAGGUGAUACAGGGAAUAUGUCUAUUGAGCACACUCAUUUGAAAACAGAUAGUCCGGUACCUACAACAGUUCAAAUUCCCGUAGACCUUCCAGCAAUACCAGAGCCUGUUGAUCUACCACCUCCUCCAAUAGAUACACCCUCGGUUGAUUUUAUUGACGCGCCUGGUUCAACAACAAUUGAAAUCUCAGAUCUUUUAGCUGGUUUAGGAACUUUAGAUGGGUCUUCACCUCCAAUGGACAGUGUCGUACCCGAAACAACAACUACAGAAAUGACUCCUGAACAAUAUAAUGUCCCUACAACUGUUCCUGCGUACGAAACUACCACUGUUAUUCCGUAUGAUGUAUUUACAAGUCCGACUGCAUUUGUUGAGUAUGACACAACUACGACACAGCCCGUGCUUGACACAAAGGAUCCGAUAUACAAGCAUGUUCCCGAAAAAGGUGAAACCCUGACGCUCGAUCAUCCCCCGCCAAUAUUCUCAGGUGGAAGCAGACCUUCAGUUUAUACAGAUCCAUAUGGUCCCCAUGAUGGUCAUUUUCCAUAUCCUGAAACCACGACGCCAAAGGUAGUCACUACAACAAAAGAAGCCCCUCCUCCACCGAUCAAGGUACCGACACGACCUGACAGGCGUACUAACUGGCCUGUGCAGAGGUUUGAAACGACGGCGUCACCUUAUGCUAGAUGGACUACGCAGAUGCCACUACAUCAAACAACUUUAAGUCCCAGACACAUGAACGUCGCGGAGUUAGCUGCCUAUGCCCUCCGCAUGUCAAACAAUAGAAAGUUCACCAACCAGCCAUUUCAAGGAAUUCAAGUUUUUUUUCAAGCAGAUCCAGAAACAACAACACUAAAACCGACAACAACAUUAAAAUCUGUUUACAAACAACAAAAUAAAGGCAUACAGAAAGAUAUGCGAUCAAAUUCCUUUGUUGAAUAUCUGCGAAAGAAAUACGGUAUAAGCAAUAUUGGUACCACGCAUUCAUAUUAUGCAACUACAGCCAAACCCACUAUGAAACCACUACAAUUGCCAAGUCAACGAAAGUUUUAUGAUGCACAAUAUUUGUUAUCCCACUUGCCUGAAAGCACGACACAGAAACCUACAAUGAAGAAUUCAUUUGAUUCCAGGUAUCUUCUAUCACAUUUGGAUAUUUCACCCACAAAACCAGUUGUUCCAAAAUUUUAUGCAAGUACUAUAAAACCAACAACGGCCAGGCAUUUUUAUGAUGCGAAAUAUUUAUUGUCGCAUCUUGAUGAAAUUCAACGACCAAAUGGAAAUUCUCAAUCUACAUUACCCCCAAAACCAUCGGUGACUAAACUGUCUCAAAAUCUACCUCAACCAGCAAAUCUUCCCAGACGAAAGAAUGUUCCUGGUGCAUUGCAAACCUGGAUGAAUAAUAUAAAUGUAAAACCAAAUGCUGUGUCUGAAUUUGGUUCACAACAAGAACAUGGACGGUUAAUUCUAAAGGAGCAAAGACAAGGUCAAGUCGAUACAAGGCCAAUAAAUCUCAAGUCAAACAUAAGUCCACAAUCUGUUCUCAAUUACAACGUAAAUCCCGAACGAAAUGUGCGUAUGAACAUAAAUCUAAAGCCAAAUAUAAACCAAUGGGGAGGUCAACAAAAGACAUCCAACCCGUAUAAAAGUCUGACAACUGCGAGUUUCAAACCAGUUGUUUAUGGCAACAAACCAUUCCAAAUUAAAAAACAAAGUCCCGGGCUUAGUUUAAGAGAAAGAUUUAAUCGAAAGUGGUAUCAUCCAGAAGCUAAGACAACUGCUAAAGGAACAGUGUCAACAAGAGCAAGUCAAGCUAAACAUGAGCCGAUCAAAAAUAUAAACAUUCAAAUAGAAGAGCCUAUAAACAGAAAUCAAGUGAAAACCGAACCAAUUUCGCCUGUCAAUACGUUAUUUAACAGAAGAGGCCUGCAUCAAAAUGUUAAUUCAGCAUUGCAAGGGCCAGUUACCAACCGUGAUAUGGCCAUACAGCGUACUAGUAUUGAGCUUCAAAGACAAAUUAUUAAACAGCAAGAAGAAAAACUGCGUCAACAACAACAGCAAUUGCAGAAACAACAAGCCGUGUUUCGUUUACAACAAGAACAACGUAAAAAGCAACUACAAAAACAAAGUAAAACCCUUCCUGUCAGUCAACAAUAUCGUUUAGCUUUAAUUCAGCAACAGCAGAAAGAAAAUCAGAACCUCCUCCUGCAGCAACAAGAACAGGAGCGUUUACGUUUACUUCAACUACAGCAAAAACAAAAUAACAAACUUCUUCUUCAGCAACAAGAACAAGAUCGUUUACGUUUACUUGAGCAGCAACAAAAACAGGCACAGCUAAGACAGCAGUUAAUCCUCAGGCAGCAAGAAGAACAACGUUCACGAUUACUUCAACAACAACAGCAACAAAAUCAAAAGCUACUACUCAAGCAGCAAGAACAAGAUCGGUCUUCACAACAAGAACUUCAGCGGAGACUCCUGCUGAACCAACAACGUCAAAGAGAACAAGAACUUCUCAGGCAACAACAAUUCAGUGGACAAAGUAAUCAGUUCCCACUUGCCUCGAGAAUAGGGCACUCUGAAAUAAUCCGGAAUAAUCAAAUCAGCAAAAUGCAACACAGAUAUCAACCAAAUGUACAAGUGUCAAGUAUACAAAUAUUUAAGGCACCGGCAAUGAUGAGGAGACGAAAAAACCAAGAAAGAAAAGAAGCAAUGCCGCAACCGACACAAACUCACUGGCGUGCACCUUCAGAUUUACAGCAUCUACAUGGCCAUUUAUCUGUGCCAUAUAAGUUAGAUCCAAUUCCUGCUCCACAAACAACACAAGCGACACCAAAAUCAGCGGUGCCUGUCAUUACUACACCGACAACAGUUGUUUAUAUUCAAACAAUUGCAACAACUGUUCGGCCAGUUACAUCUUCGCCUAGACCGACAUUACCGGCCACAGCCGAUCCUAAUCCACCACCGAUAUUCGACACCAAGGUCCGUCAUACCUUUAUGCCAAUGCCGAACAUAGAGCCCACGACAAAGGCGCCCAAACCGACGGGGGAUGACACACAAGUACAUAAUCAGCAGAACAACUUACAAAUAGAUGAACGUUGCAAAGGUUGCGUUUUUGUAAAUGACCGCUGCCUAUUGCCGGAUCCUGUUCACUGCCAUUUCUACAUCGAGUGCGUAAAACAAGGGACAUCUGUUCGAGCAUUUAGUCGAGAAUGUGCACUUGGUUCCUUUUUUGACAGGAAGUCAUUUCUUUGUGUAGAUCCAAAGAAUGCAGACUGCCCAACAGAUCGCUGCCGGAUACCUGGAACAAAAUGGUAUGCCAUACACGGUCACUGUAAGCACUACUGGUCCUGUGGAGCACGUGAAGGUGGAGGCGUUUUCGCGCAGAGCGAGUGCUGCCCGCAAAUGGGUGGAUUCGUUGAGCCUGUCGGAUGUGUUGAGAAUCCAAAUUGCACAGAUACAUGUUCGAGUACGAUUAUAAAGGAAGGUCCAACAGGCUGCCAACUGCGAAAAACAGCUUCUCCAACAGUAUAUUUUGACGGAAACGCUAAUAUUGAGCGUCCCUGCGCACCCGGAACGCUAUUCAAUGAACGUGCAUGCACGUGCGUGCAAGAUGUGUCAAUUGAACGCAGUGAAACACGGCCCGGAGUAGCGUCUUGUUUGCCGAUGUUGUCCUUAACGUUUGACGGAGGCAGCAUGGUCGACUCGUCAAAUACAAAGCAACAUGUAGGUGUAGAUGGUGUAUCUGCAACAAUGGAAGGAGAAGCCAUUUAUAACGGAGGCGGAAAACUUGUACUUUGGAGAUAUGCUAAUCUCAUGUUCCCUGUCGUUUUUGCAAUAAGGUUUCGGUUUUAUAGUACAACGCCAUCUCCAAGGAAACAGAUUAUUUUCUCCAAUUGUAACCCCAAAGGUGGUCAGGAGCCAUCAAUAGAAAUAGCUUUAGAUACCAUGUUUAGCGAAGUUGUCUUUAAAAUCAAUACGUAUAAAGGACCUUCGAAACGAUUUACUAUAAUAUACCAGCCAAGUAAGUGGACGAAUGUCGAUUUCAUUUAUGAUGGAGAGAGAAUAGUGGGCUCUGUCGACAGAAGGGCAAGAAAUAUUUUUGCUGGCGGUGGUAUUGAGACUCGGCCAAAUCCAAUUGGAAUAGGAAGCUGUAGUGGGAAAGACGGGUUUAAAGGUUUACUUGACGAUAUAUCCAUUUACGAAGAGUGCAUUCCGGAUGAAAUGUAUGGAAUAUUUAUGUCGGUAUUAGAAUGAGAACAGUGACAUUACAUAAACCGAUCAGGGAAUUACCACA